CUCUUUUUACGCGCUCGGCCGCUCGCCUCUCUUGCACCUCGCACCUCGCACCCCCGCCCUCGAAAUCGCGAGCGAUGCGAGUUAUAUGUUUUGAGUUGUGCCGUCCGUCGCAAUUUCGAGUGGACUCCGAAAAUUAUGCGAGCCUCACUGCACCAGAGAUAAACUGCGAUCAAUUCUGAGACGCUACGUCGAGAAUCGAGUGUCGCGCGCAAGGAAGGAGCAGCGAUUCCUUUCAGGACGAGAGCGAGUCAAUCCAAAAUGGAGGGCGAACGUCUGAUUGGCAACGAUACGAGAAAAGAUGAGAAUGCAGAGGCUAAACCCAGGGGGCAGACUUUAGGCUUGACCACCGUGGUAGCCCUGGAUACUCUGCAUCGCGACGUUAAACGUGUUCUACAGGAGUAUGAGGAGGAUCACAGGAGAAAUAGGAAGUAUACAGCUUGGCUGAAGGACACCUUGCAUCAUCGCAGCCAGUAUACCACACUCUGUUGGACCUCUGCGAUUGCGCUACUGAUCAAUGCCAUCAUCCUCAUUGUUGCGUUUUUCACGCUCAAUGAAACAUGUGACUGGACCCUAUUUGCUUGCUGGGACGACAGCUCCAUAAAUGGGUAUUGUUGCAGGUAUUCAACACUGCCGUACGAAGGACUGAUAGUCUGUUGUUUAGUAGUAUUGAAUUUUAUCUUAGUAGUAUCGGAUAACAAAUUGCGACACGAGGAAAUCCCUCAUAGAGUCAAAAUUCUUCUUGAUCAACUCAGUGUUGCACGUUCCACGUGCCAAUGGAGAUCAGAGAAUUAUCCACAUCUAUGCAGUCCUCAAUCCCCUUGUCUAACUUUGCAAUGGACAUAUCGUGACGGUGAAGUAGUCAACUUGCCGUGGGCUUUGUUAGUUGCUGGUGACAUAAUUGUGAUGAAGCCCGGCCAACAAGCACCUGGAUAUUGUGUGCCAUACGAUGAUCCAGAAGCACCUGUCUUGCACGCUAGAGAGACUUAUAGCGCGCCGGUACACAGUGCGAACGAAAUCUUCUCCACGCCGCAACCCCGCGCGCCUCUGAGGAGCAAGAUCUACAAACUUCAAGAAACGCCAUACCUGGCGAAUCUACGAAUGGCGUUGGAUCAAGCUCUUGAUCGACCAGUUACUUAUUACAAUCGCAAACGUCACUUGCUGAUGAUCUGCUGCAUUGAACACUUGACCUAUCCAAUACUUAUGAUUAUUAUCCUCGUGGUGAAUCUGCUUCGUUACCUGUACUUGACAGAUUACUUCGGUACCGGUCACUGGAGUGAGAUGUUCCUGUUGCAACCGAUCGCCGUGAGUCUUCCGUUGCUGCCGUUGGUGUUUCCCGCCUGCUGGAUAUUUCUCAACUGUUUCGGCAUGGCCCGCUUCAAAGCGUUGUUCAAGCUUUAUCUGUCUGCAAAAAAGCUUCAGUUUGUAGAUCCUUUUGAAGACACAGAUAUAAAUGGUCCCAGUCAUCCGGAUGUAGUGUACAAUUGGCUAGAGCUCAAGGAAUACUUCUUUGACAUUUUUUUUGGCAAGGAGCACAUGAUGUCGCGUUCGGCGAGCAUUUUGCACGUCUUGGGCUCUGUGACCGCACUAUGCUGUGUAGAUAAGAAGGGAAUUCUCUCAUGGCCUAAUCCUACGGCGGAGAAAGUAUUUUUCCUACGUAACGCCAAUGUCUUGUCGCCGAGCUCGAGUACCGGCAGCGUGGACAAGACGACUGACACCAAGAACCAGGAUUCCGAAGAGACCAAAGUGAACUCGAACAGAACGUCCUAUGCACAGCAUGAUAUGUCGCACUCCACUGCCGAGGUCCUGGAUCUUACUCACGACCAUGCCCUGCCGUUCCGGCUGCAGUUUGACGAUCACUCGUGGCGGCAGCAUCUGAACUCGUUGAAACCGCUUGGCCUGGCGAUCCUCCUCAACACGUGCAACAUGGACACGCAGGAGCACUACAUGCAGUUUUGCUGCCAUGUCACCUGCGAGGCUCUUUACAACGAGAACCUGGUUCCGGUGACAAACAGACGCAGAUGUCUGUGCGAAUUGGCGAAGCAGAUCGGCUUCCAGGACCAAGCGCAGAAGAUCUUUCAACUGGAGCAGCAACUAUGUACAUUUAGACAUGUGCAACCAGAGAUGGUCAGGCGGGACAUAAAGUUUGCGCGUUCGCUGAGCAUUGCAACAAAGCUGAAGUUUCCGUUUCCUCAUAUGGUCGCCGUGGUCGUGAAGGAACGCACCGGCGGCGGUCUGCAAUUGUUGACGCAGGGAACGGCCGACAUAAUUCUGGACUCGUGCAUCGAGUACUGGGAUGGUCACGAUCUUUGUCCUCUUUCCGCAUCAGACAGGAAAAAGGUGCAAGACUUUUACCAAAGGACGAGCCUAACCUCGUAUUGCACCGCGUUUGCUUACCGACCAUUGACGCGCGCCAUUAGCGACAAGAUGUCUGAGAUAUAUCUGGAGUUGCCCGCAGAUAGCAAGCAUUUGUACACGCCUCAUAGAAGUCCGACGCCCUUACCGUGGGAUUUUAGAAAUGUUCUCGAUCCCCGAGCACGUGGAAUACUGGGGCAGUUUCAUUCGACAGAUUCUUUGUUGUGUAACGAAAAUAAAGAUGAUGACGUGAGCGACGUCGAAAGUUGCUUCGAAGUUCAAUGUAAUCAGGUCUUCAUCGGAAUGGUCACCAUGCAAUAUCAGGCGCAAACCGAUAUGGUGCAACUGAUCGAGCAAUUGGACAUGGCAUGCAUAAGAUUCGUACACUUCAGCAAGGAGAACGAGUUGCGUUCGCGUGUUUUCUCAGAGAAGAUGGGUCUGGAGAGCGGUUGGAAUUGUCACAUCUCGUUACUCAGCGAAGGCGCCAGGUCCGAGAGUCCAGUGGGUUGGUGGGUGAGCCAGGCGGCAGCCAUGUCCUCACCCACUCCCUCACCCACGGCCCAAUCUCAUCAGCCUAAUUACUCCUGCAUGGACGAGGCCAGCCACUUGCUUAAUCGUGUCUUACCUCGCACUAAUCUGAACAACAGUCGCGCGAUGAGCAUGUCAGCACCGAGCGCUAUCAACACGGACUUCUCGACGGUGAAGUUCGACGACGAGACCACCGAGUGGAACAACACGGGCGCCUCGCAGGUCAAGAGCACCAUGAGUCACAGAGAUAACAAACUGUCGAGCAGGGAGCAAGACACGGUGCGAAGCGAAGACAGCGUUCUGGUGCAGAGUGUCGAUCUGGGAUCAGGUCAGGAAGCUUGGAGAUCCCUAAGCUGCCUCACCGACAGCACUGAACAAAGCGCGCCGGUCAACUUCGACCUGUCAAACAGGGCUAAACUGCCGAGAGGCAUAGAAAAGAUACGUCCGCACAUCGAGCUGAUAGACAAUGUCCCUUUGCUCGUGUCCCUGUUCACCGAUUGCAACACCACAGUGACUCGCGAGAUGUUGCAUAUCAUGCAGGAUUAUGGCGAGGUGGUGUGUGUGCUUGGCUCCUCCGCCAACGCCGAUAAUAUGCCGAUCUUCAUGCAAGCCGACGCAGGAGUGGCGGUGGAGCCCUUGUACCCCCAGGUAUGUCAAAAAGUGCCCGUAUUGGUGCCCACCACGGAGAGUCAGGGAAUUUCUCCCGUGGACUUGAGCAGAGCGCUCAACUCCGUUACGUGUUCCUUGAGCGUCAAACGCGAGGACCCUGUGGCAAUCUUUCAUCUUAUUAUGGAGGCUCGUCAUUACAUGAAAAAUUUAUGGAAUUGUAUACAAUUCUGGCUGUGCUGCUUGGUAACGCUUUCGUUUGUGCAAAUAUUGUCGGCGUUUUUGCUGCUACCGCCGCUAUUCUCCAUCGAUCAGGUGCUCUGGCUGUGCUGCUUAAUAAUUCCCAUAUUGUCGACAUCCAUGAUCGCCACGCCGAUAGAUCCGACGAUAAUGCAACGCGCGACCGGGAAGAAUCAAUGCGUGGUCAACGGAGAGGUUAUGCUGUUUGUGCUAUGGUGUUACGGUAGCAAGUUCUUGUCGACGGUGAUCGCGGUGAUCCUCUCGCAGUGCAUCUCGUUCCUGACGCUUUGCCCUGUCUAUGUGCCACAGAACUCCAAGUGCCUGUACAUAUAUCCGGAUCCGCGGGACCAGAUUUGGGGUGGCUGGGGUAGCAAGCCGAUCGUCAUUCUGGUCGUGCAGCAUUUCGCCCUUACGCUUAUAGUCCUGCACUUCGUUACGAUAUCUGUCAGCUUUGUGCAUAGGGAAUACUCGAUAUGGAAGAAAAAUCCUAUGAGCAAUUGCACCUGGUUUCUUGGUGUAUUUAUUGUAUUGUGUGCGCAAGCGGUGUUCUCUGGUAUGGCGUUCCGCAGAUUUUGGCGAGAGGAGGACAAAAAGAUCGACAACUUCCCGAUACAUAUACCAUUGUUCUUUCUACUCUCUGUCCCGCUGACAUUCGCGAUUAAUGAGCUGAUCAAAUGGCAAGAGAUCAAGGUGAACGUUAGAUACCAGAAACGGGCGCGUUUGGAAUUUGGUACGAAAUUGGGAAUGAAUUCGCCGUUUUAAUCCAUUUCGUAGCACCAAUUUGACAAAAACAUCUUCAAAUCAUCAAAGAUUUGAAGAUGUUUUUGUCGUUUUAAAAGAUAUACGGGUAUAUCGUUAAGUGUAUAUAUUAUUAGCAUAUAUUAUUGAAAGUAUACACUGAUAUUACGAUUCAGUUGCUGAAAACUCGAGAGAUUCGAAAAGGACUUGAGGACAAUUGAUGAGCUUUGUGUACUUACAACGUGUCAAAUAUUGCCAAAUUAGACUCGAACAAAGCACUGGUAUUUUUCUAUAGCAAUGUGCAUAUUUAUAUUUUUUUUUGCGAUGCAACGAAGGGAACACCGCGGCGUCAAUUGUGAGCUUAAACGAGCGCCAGAUAAGUUCUUAUUAUGAUACAUCGGCCCGAGAUUUCUAUCUUGUUUUGUCAAACCGUUCCGAUAAAGGCUAUUUUCCCUCGAUGACAAAUCAUUUAUGGGGAGCCGCGACAAUCGCGUUGGGGCGCGUUAUUUUUCUCUAAUCUUUCGUUUUUAUCGUAAUUCAAGAUGUCCCAUUCUACGCCGUAUGUUCCGCUUUAAAUGUUAUUUGAAUUUUAAGAAAAGAAAUGGUUGUUUUAACUCAUUAGUUCCCAACUUUUUUUUCUUUAAUUUUCAAAGACAUUAAAAAUGUACCUUAAAAAAUAUUACAAGGAGAUACAAAUGACUGAAAAAAAUUGUAGAAAUGCUCUAAGAUAGUGGGAAAGAAUGAGUUAACAAUAAAUAAUUUCAAAAUUUACAGGGCAGAUUAUUUCGUUUUCGUAGUGUCUAUGAGUGUAUCCGAAAAGUCUGGGAUGUCUUGCAUUUGACGACAUCUUAGUAUUAUUAAGUAGAGUAUGUACAUAAAGAUGUUCCUAUUGAUAACAUUGACAUCUUCUCGUCGACGUUCGAUUUCGCGAGCUUGAUACAGAAUCGCAUAGCCAGUCAGUCGCGAAAUCGGACGUUUUUGCGUGAAUAGCAAAUAGCGUGAUAGUAAUUUAUUCGUCGUGAUCGCAGAUUUAGCGAAAGAUUUUAGUGAAUUAAAUGUAUAACUCUGCGAGAUUGUAGGUAGCCGCAUCAAACUGAAUUCGCGAGUUCUAGCAGCGAGAGUCUCGCUGGUACGAGAUCGUUCUCGUUGCGAGACAAUUGUGAAUAGCAUGGGUUUUCUUAUUUCUCGCCAGUAAAGUGGAAUAUAUGUUACCGAUUUUUUCGAAAAAUCUUUUUCCGGAAUCAAACCUCCACAAUCACAAGCUGAGCGUCCGCAAAACUUUUUUCUCUUUAAUGACAUCUUUUAUUUGCUUUAUUUUUUAAAAUAUCUUAUUUGCUUUAAAUUAAUUAACAACGUAAUUUUUUUUUAUUUAUUGUGCGGAGUAUAAGUGAAGACUCUGAAGGGAAAAAAAGGGAUUACUCGAUCUGAGUAAGUUAAAGAGCGCAUAUAUUUAGGCGGGUUAAGACAAUCAUUCUUUUUUAUAUUUUUAAAAAGUAUGAUAUUCUUUUUAAAAGUUUUUUUAGUUUCUUAAUCUAACGAAUUAAAUUUCUCAAAUAGGCUGUUUAUUGUACUUAAACCUUAGAUAAGAAAACCAUUUCUUCUAGCUCAGAAUGGAUCUGGCUCUUUUUCGUUAUACAAGUCAAGUCGGAGGUUUGACGGUGGAACUUUGUUAACGAUAUUCCUCUCGUAGCAAAUUUAUUUUACUAAUAAACUUCCAUUAUAGAAUGGUGUAUCCUGAUGCUGUUAAUACUGCAUCCUAGAUUUAAUUUUAUGCAAUAUAAUGGAUCUUUUUUUAAGACGGAAAUAAAAUCUUCAUUAAACAAU